AUGGACAUUUACAAUCUUACCACUGUGACUCAGUUUAUCCUCAUAGGGCUCUCUGACCUCCCUGAGGUACGCUACCCUCUCUUUGUGGUCUUUGCCAUCAUCUAUCAAGUCACCUUGGUAGGAAAUGGGGCCAUUCUCUUGGCCAUUGGGACUGAGAAAAAGCUACACUCACCCAUGUAUUACUUUUUGGUCAAUUUAUCCCUCUUAGACAUUUUCUGCCCAUCAGCUACUGUCCCCAAGAUGCUGGAGAACCUCCUGACUGAGCAGCAAAGCAUUUCCUUCUUUGGAUGUGCUUUACAGCUUUUUUUCCUGGUGGCCCUGGUAGGGACUGAAGUCUUCCUUCUUGCUGUCAUGGCUUAUGACCGGUAUGUGGCCAUCUGCUUCCCCCUUCGUUACAUGCUCAUCAUGACCAAGGUUCAGUGUGUCCAGCUGACAGCUGGGACCUGGGCAGCAGGGUUUCUCAAUUCCCUCCUCCAUACAGUGUCCACAUUCCGCCUGUCUUUUUGCAAGUCCAACCGAGUUAACCAAUACUAUUGUGACAUCCCACCAGUGAUGGCCCUCUCAUGCUCAUCCACUUAUGUAGCUGAAAUGCUCGUUUUAGUGGUAGGAGGCAUACUGGGGAUCAGCGCCUUCCUGAUCACCUUUAUCUCUUAUAUCUACAUUAUAUCCACCAUUCUAAAGAUCCAGUCAGUGGAAGGGAAACACAAAGCCUUCUCCACAUGUGCUUCCCACCUCCUAGUGGUCUGUCUGUUCUAUGGCACAGCAAUAUUUACCUACAUUCGGCCUUCCUCCAGUCAACACUCUCCAGCCAGAGACAGACUCACCUCCAUGCUAUAUGGGGUUAUUACCCCAAUGUUAAACCCCAUGAUCUACAGCCUGAAAAACAUGGAGGUCAAAGAAGCACUUAAAAGGCUUCUAUGUCACAGAGCAUGUUUACAGCAAUUAUAA